GAUUCCCUGGAGUGGCUGGAGGUGCUUCUGUGGAGGAGACUUUCCAUAGCUGGGGCUUCUGAGACUGAGGUGGCCGUCCGCUGCACCUGAAGAGUAAGGAUGGCAAUGAACAAGGGCCCGACCCUGCUGGAUGGAGACCUCCCUGAGCAGGAGAAUGUGCUCCACAGAGUCCUGCAGCUGCCUGUGGUGAGCGGCACUUGCGAAUGCGUCCAGAAGACCUACAACAGCACCAAAGAAGCCCACCCCCUGGUGGCCUCUGUGUGCAAUGCCUAUGAGAAGGGUGUUCAGGGUGCCAGCAAUCUGGCUGCCUGGAGCAUGGAGCCCGUGGUCCGCCGGCUGUCCACCCAGUUCACAGCUGCCAAUGAGCUGGCCUGCAGAGGCCUGGACCACCUGGAGGAAAAGAUCCCAGCCCUUCAGUACCCUCCGGAAAAGCUCGCCUCUGAACUGAAAGGCACCAUCUCUACCCGCCUUCGAAGCGCCAGGAACAGCAUCAGCGUGCCCAUCGCAAGCACAUCCGACAAGGUCCUGGCCAGCUGCGAGCUUGCCUUGGGGAUGGCUAAAGAGACCGUGGAAUAUGCUGCCAACACCCGAGUUGGCCGACUGGCCUCUGGAGGGGCUGAUCUGGCUCUGGGCGGCAUUGAGAAGGUGGUAGAGUUCCUUCUGCCACCAGCCAAGGAGGAGUCAGCCUCCACUUCUGGACGGCAGAGGGAUCCGAAGACUCCCAAGGCCAAACCGAGCCUCGUGAGGAGGGUCAGCACCCUGGCCAACACCCUUUCUCAACACACCAUGCAGACCACUGCCUGGGCCCUGAAGCAGGGCCAUUCUCUGGCCAUGUGGAUCCCGGGUGUGGCACCUCUGAGUAGCCUGGCCCAGUGGGGUGCAUCAGCAGCCCUGCAGGUGGUGUCCCCGCGGCGGCGGCAGAGUGAGGUGCGGGUGCCCUGGCUGCACAAUUUAGCAGCCUCCCAGGAUGAGAGCCAUGACGACCAGACGGACAGCGAGGGAGAGGAGUCCGAUGAGGAGGAAGAAGAGGGAUCAGAGACUGAAGAGAACGGGCUUGGAGAGGUAACAGCCCUGCCCAACGCGAGAGGCCUCCUGGGUGGGGUGGUACACACCGUGCAGAAGACUCUCCGGAACACUAUCUCAGCAGUGACUUGGGCACCAGCGGCUGUGCUGGGCACGGUGGGAAGGAUCCUGCACCUCACACCAGCCCAGGCUGUCUCCUCCACCAAAGGAAGGGCCAUGUCCCUAUCGGAUGCUCUGAAGGGUGUUACCGAUAACGUGGUAGACACUGUGGUACACUAUGUGCCGCUUCCCAGGCUGUCCCUGAUGGAGCCCGAGAGCGAAUUCAGAGACAUCGAUAAUCCGCCAGCAGAGGUCGAGCGCAAGGGGUCCGGGGCGCGGCCAGCCAGUCCGGAGUCCGCGCAGCGUCCGAGCCAACCUCGCGGUGGCUUGCGCAGCGUGCGGGGGCUCAGCGCGCCCUCCUGCCCGGGUCUGGACGACAAGGCGGAGUCGUCUGCUCGUCCAGGCUUCCUGGCCAUGCCCCGGGAGAAGCCUGCGCGCAGGGUCAGCGACAGCUUCUUCCGACCCAGCGUCAUGGAGCCUAUCCUGGGCCGUGCACAGUACAACCAGCUGCGCAAGAAGAGCUGAGCGACCUGCGUCCCUGCUCGCCCCGGCGCCACCCCAUGGAAGGUUCGCCUCUCACCAAGGAAACAGAAACCACACUUCUAAGUGGGCCUCUCUGUCAGGGUGGCUCCUCGGAAGCCUGAGCUACAUCCCCACGAUGCUGCACACAUUUCUAAAGCAUCCUUUGGGGGUUUGGCCAUCACAGGCAGUUUUUAAGGGGCACCAGAGUAGCGGGCGAUUUUCAUGUCAUGGCUUUCUUUUCUUUCUUUCUUUUUUUUUAAACUAAAAAAGUAAUUGCUUAAUUCAAUUUCUCACUUCUGUGUCAAAAUUUGUGGCAAAAUGACACCUGACUAGUUCUAAAAUUCAUAUCCUUUCUCUGUGAACAUUUUUUUGGUAGUGGGUCAGUUGACAAUUUCUUUUCUUUUCUUCUCUUUCCUCCCUUUCCUCCCUCUCUUCCCCCUCUCUCUUUCCUCUUGUUCUUCUCCCAAGUAGCACAGGCUGGGUCCUUUUCCAGUGCUAGGAGAUACCGGCUCUGGCCUGCUCCCUCUGAAUGUCAGGAAUUCCUGGUGCUUUUUUUUAGCUCUGAGCUUUGAGACCCUCUGAUAACCUGGCUCUCAGCACACCGCUUUAAAAAGAACAACGAGGUGCCAAAGCUUUUGUGCGCUCAUUUAGAUAACAGUUCAGACUUUGCGUCUCUCUUGCUUGCACAGUGGAGCCUCGGGUCCCUAUAGCCCCAGCUCUUGCUCACAGCCACGGUUCCCUCUCAACACUCUUGCCUUCCACCUGUGUAGUCACUGCUGAACGCUGAUACCCCAGACGCUGGGAGCCGACAGUGGUCACCUUUAGCCUAACAGCGUAUACUAUAUAGAGCACAUAUCCAUAGCCACCAUCCAUUCCAAAUCCCAUAUUUUUGGAGAAUAUCAAUAUUUGAUCAAUCUAGGGAAUUCAUAAAUACACUUGUAACGUUCAAA